CUUCUCUCCACUCCCCAUGGCCGCCUCUCUCUUACUCAUUCCCCUCUCACUCUCUCUCCUCCUCCAAUUGGCCUACGGCGCACCAAGCUGUGCUGCACACGAUCACACCUCCACCGGCUCCACUCUCCCCCUCUUUCACGUGAACAGCCCGUGCUCCCCCUUCCGGCCGCCGUCGCCCCUCUCAUGGCAGGACUCUGUCCUCCAGAUGCAGUCGGCCGACCGGUCGAGGCUGCUCUACUUGUCCUCCCUCGCCGUCGCCGGCAGGUCCUUCGUCCCCAUCGCCUCCGGCCGGGCGGUCACGCAGAACCCUACCUACAUUGUCCGAGCCAGUCUCGGCACGCCGGCGCAGACUCUCCUCGUCGCCAUCGACACUAGCAACGACGCCGCCUGGAUCCCCUGCUCCGGUUGCCUCGGCUGCUCAGCCACCACUUUUAACUCCGCCAAGUCCGCCACUCUCAAGCCGGUCCGCUGCGGCGCUGCGCAAUGUAGCCAGGUAGCAAACCCGAGCUGUGGAGGCAGCACGUGCGGGUUCAACGUGACGUAUGGCAGCUCCGCCGUGUCGGCGAGUCUGGUGCAGGACAACAUAACCCUAGCCUCCGACACCAUCCGCGGCUACACCUUCGGCUGCGUCAACAAGGUCACCGGAGGCAACUCCUUCCCGGCGCAGGGACUGUUAGGUUUGGGGCGCGGCCCGCUGUCCCUGAUUUCGCAAUCGGCGAAUCUCUACGAUUCCACCUUCUCCUACUGCCUGCCCAGCUACAAAUCCCCAAAUUUCUCGGGAACCUUGAGAUUGGGGCGGAAGGGGCAGCCACUGACCAUCAAGACGACGCGGCUGCUCAGAAAUCCGAGGAGAUCGUCGUUCUACUAUGUCGAUCUCGUCGCGAUCAGAGUCGGCGCCAGGGUUGUCGACAUUCCGGCGACUGCUUUCGCCUUCAAUCCCACCACCGGUGCCGGCACCGUCUUCGAUUCAGGGACGGUGUUCACGACGCUUACGAAGAAGGCGUACACGGCGGUGAGAGACGAGCUGCGGCGGCGGAUGGGGAAGGCCGCCGUGUCGCCGUUGGGCGGGUUCGACACGUGCUACAGCGUUCCGAUAACGGUGCCGACGAUCACGUUCAUGUUCUCGGGGAUGAACAUGACUCUCCCGCAGGACAAUUUCAUAAUCCGGAGCUCCUCCGGCAACACGUCGUGCCUGGCCAUGGCGGCAGCCCCUGAAACCGGCGUGAACUCCGGCCUGAAUGUGAUCGCGAGCUUCCAGCAGCAGAACCACCGCAUCCUCAUCGACAUCCCCAAUUCCAAGCUGGGGGUGGCGCGUGAGCAGUGCAGCUAGUAAGAAAUCUUUAAUGGGUGUGCCGGGGCAGAAAUCUGUCACGGAUUAUCUGCAAUGUUUCUUCGUCGUUUUGUGGUGUGGUGUUGUAGCGUAGCAGUUAUUUUGCUUGUGGGUCACGGGUAGAUGCUGUUCUUGCUGUCUGCUUGCCUGUCCGCCAUGGAUGCAUCUCCACGCGCCUUUCCAGAUCCCCUCAAAUUGCUACAUUUCAUUCUUAUGUUCAACUAGUUUUGUUUUUGUUUUUUUAUUGUCAUAUGUAUAAUGUAUCUCGAUACAUUUCAAGAGUACCAUUUAAUAAUAAGAAUCCGAAUACAAAAAUGCUGAUUCAGAUUCA